GAGUGAACUUCGAGUUUUACCCUGACGGAACGAGGCUGGUGGUGGUGGAUCCCAACCCUCACUUCAAGGCUUACUAUGACAACAACAGGAAGAAGUUCCCCAACAUACACUCUGAGGAAUUUAUAAUCACAACAGCGGAGAAUAUGGACAUGGUUCCUGACAGCAGCAUUGAUGUGGUGGUGACCACGCACGUUUUCUGCUCUGUGCACAACACCAAGAAGAUGUUGCAACAGAUUCUUCGUGUACUAGCACCAGGAGGAAAGCUGUACUUCUACGAGCACAUCAGAGAAUUCGACACAGAGCGACAUUCCACUAGACAGAAAAUUCAAGACUUUCUAACAGCAACAGGAAUUUGGCCAUACCUGUUUGAUGGUUGUGAAUUAACACGAGACAUGUUGGAGGACAUUCAAGAAGCAGGUUUCACCAACGUACAAGCACUACGGUUUUACUGUCCUAUGGAGCAUUUUAUUUUCCAGCUGGUAAAGCCGAGCCUGAAGGGUGUAGCUCAGAAGUAACAGACAUUACACUGGUCUGCAUCUGGAAUGUUUUAAUUUUUAUUUUUAUUCAUGGUUGCAAUCUUACAUAUUCUUGGGCUGCUGAUUGUAAAUAUCUAAACCAUUUUGCUCUAUCAUGUAUGGAUUUUGAAUAAAAUACAAAUUAAUGAUAAUAAAAAA